CGUAUAUCAACUCGUAAACACAGCACCACAGCCAUGGCUACCGGCCUUUUCGCCUCCUUACCGAAACCCAAGUACACCGGUGAGCAUGAAGAAGUCCCUCUACAUGCCCAGCCGAAGGGUCCUCGAAUCGUGGGACCUGGUGUGAUCGAUGAAUCGCAAAUUGUUCUGAAGCGUUCUGGACCUCCUCCCUACGGCCAACGAUCAGGAUGGCGACCUCGUUCGGCCGAGGAUUUCGGCGAUGGGGGUGCGUUUCCAGAAGUAGCAGUUGCACAAUACCCUCUCGACAUGGGACGAAAAGGAACGUCAUCGACUUCGAAUGCUCUUGCGAUCCAAGUCGACGCAGAAGGCAAGGUCAAAUACGACGCACUCGCGAGACGUGGUCACAGUGACAGUCGGAUCAUACACUCGAGUUUCAAGGAUUUGAUACCGCUUCGACAGCAGGCAGACGCAGGCGACCUGAGUCUUGACAGGCCCAGCCAGGAAGAAGUCCAGGCGACCGCGGACAAGACCAGGCUCGCUCUGGAGAAAUUGGUGUCGGGCGCCGUGGCGGCUCAAAAGCCAAAAAACGUCAAAGGCGUCAACCGAGAAGAAGCUACGUAUGUCCGAUACACACCUUCAAAUCAGAUGGGCGACAAUUCCAAAAAGCAUGAUUACGUUUUGAAGAUAGCCCGACGACAGGAAGAUCCAAUGGCGCCACCGAAGUUCAAACAGAAGAAGAUCCCCCGAGGACCACCUAGUCCGCCUCCGCCAGUCAUGCAUUCGCCACCGCGGAAAUUGACGGCAGAAGACCAAGAAGCCUGGAAAAUCCCUCCACCGAUCAGCAAUUGGAAGAAUCCCAAGGGUUAUACCGUACCGCUGGACAAGCGGUUGGCUGCCGAUGGACGGGGCCUGCAAGAUGUUACAAUAAGCGAUAAACACGCGCAGUUUGCGGAAGCAUUGAUGACAGCCGAUCGACAUGCUCGCGAAGAAGUCAAACUCCGCGCACAGAUGCAGCAAAAGCUCGCGGAAAAGGAGAAAUUGGCCAAGGAAGAACACCUGCGGGAAAUGGCUCGAAAGGCGAGAGAAGAAAGACAAGCUGCGGCUGGCGGCGGUGGUGGGAGGAGAGAUUCGGACUCGAGACGACGCUCACGGUCAAGGUCAUACUCUGGUUCGUCAUAUGAUUCGCGAUCUGAUAGUGAGGAAGAGGCUGCCAGGGAACGAGAACGUGCUCGACGAGAACGGAGGCAGGAGAAUGAACGACAACUGCGACAGAGCAGAAUGGGAACAGAGAAACGCAUCCAGAUGAUGGCCAGAGAACAAAACCGUGACAUUUCCGAAAAAGUUGCACUCGGAUUGGCCAAGCCUACACAAAACAAGGAGACCAUGUACGAUUCUAGAUUGUUCAACCAGACUUCUGGGUUUGAUUCAGGAUUCAACGAGGACCAGGCGUACGACAAGCCCUUGUUUGCGGCUGCGGAUGCCAUUGACAAAAUCUACCGACCCACGGUGAACCAGGAAGAGGAUGAAGAAGGCGACGCAGAUGCGGCGAUGGACAAGAUUCGAAAGUCCAGCCGGUUUGGCGAUCUUGGCAGAGCACCGAAAGAAGGGUUCAAAGGUGCCGACAGGGCAGAACGAGAGAGUGGUCCUGUGCAGUUUGAAAAGGACAAAGAUGACACAUUUGGCAACGACAGUUUCAUUGGAUCCGCUCCAACAGGAAAGCAAGCUGGUGAGGGCAAGAAGCGAUAUGGAUUGGAAGAGGCCGGUCCAAGUCAUAGAGACAGAAAGAGAGCGAGGGUCGACGAUGAUGAUUAAAAAAGGCGCAGUACAGUCAUGGUUUAUUCAAUGGCAUAUUUUUGCACUGUCCGAAAACGAAAACAUUGUCCAUUUCUCGCAAUGUUUCUGUCUGUCCCU